AUUUGACUGAUGACGUAGGACCUUAAAGGGCCACCCACUAACAGCAGCACGGAGCUUUCAUGCCGGACGCCGGAGCAUGAAGGGAACCUAAACAGCUCUGUGUGUUGUUUGCUUGUUAGUUGACGAUGAUCGCUGCGGCUGUUGCUAAUUAAAAGUACAACUUCGUUUUAAAACUACCGGCUGCGGACUAAGAUAAGAAACCACCGGAUGAAACAGUGUUACCGGGACGACUAAGCAGCAGUGUCCAGACUGUAGACCGAGAGCAGACAUACCGUAUGUGCUAGUGUGAUGUCUGUUUGUCCUUUUUCCACUGCUCCCUGUCCUGCUCACGAAACCAGAAUAUUGUGUUUCUGAGGUGUAUGCCAUUUCUACAUUCUUCAGUGAAGAUGGCAGGAGUGUUUGACAUAGACUUGGAGACUGAGGACAUAAGCGAUACAGAGGAUGAUGAUUGUGACUUCACUGUGACACAACCAGAGAAUAUUCAGACAGAGGAGGUGGAGUUGACCAGUGAGAGUGUCAACAGAGACAGUGAGAGAGUUGGACCUGACUGCUUUGAGCUUUUGACUGUGCUGGGAAAAGGAGCCUAUGGCAAGGUUUUCCAGGUGAGGAAGGUUCAAGGUGCCCAGAUGGGGAAAAUAUUUGCCAUGAAGGUCCUGAAAAAGGCUAAGAUAGUGUGUAACGCUAAGGACACGGCCCAUACAAGAGCAGAGCGUGAGAUCCUGGAGACAGUGAGACACCCGUUCAUUGUGGAUCUGCUCUACGCCUUCCAGACUGGGGGGAAGCUCUACCUCAUACUGGAGUGUUUGAGUGGAGGGGAGCUGUUCAUGCAGCUGGAGAAGGAGGGUAUCUUCAUGGAAGACACUGCUUGUUUCUAUUUAGGAGAGAUCACAUUGGCCCUAGGUCAUCUCCAUUCUAAUGGAAUUAUUUACAGAGACCUCAAACCUGAAAACAUCAUGCUUAAUCGCCAAGGACACAUCAAGCUGACUGACUUUGGACUGUGUAAGGAAUCUAUUCACGAUGGCACGGUCACACACACCUUCUGUGGCACCAUAGAAUACAUGGCUCCAGAGAUCCUGACCAGGUCUGGUCACAACAGAGCGGUAGACUGGUGGAGCCUGGGGGCCCUGAUGUACGAUAUGAUGACCGGAUCACCUCCUUUCACUGCUGAAAACCGGAAGAAGACCAUUGAUAAGAUCUUGAAGUGUAAACUCAAUUUGCCCCCAUACCUGACCAUUGAUGCCAGGGACCUCAUCAAGAAGCUGCUGAAGAAGAAUCCAGCCCAGAGACUUGGCUCCAGUAAAGCACACUGUGCUGAUAUACAGAAACACCCGUUUUUCAAACACAUUAACUGGGAUGACCUGUUGAACAAGAGAGUGGAGCCGCCCUACAAGCCACAGCUGCAGUCAGAGGAGGACGUUAGCCAGUUUGACACCAGGUUCACCAGACAGACACCAGUGGACAGCCCAGACGAUACCUCACUCAGCCACAGUGCCGAGCUCGCCUUUGCUGGUUUCACCUACGUGGCUCCAUCGGUCCUUGAGAGCCUGAAGGAAGGAUUCUCAUUUGAACCCCGAACAAGAGCUGUACGCCGACACAACAGCAGCCCACGCACACCCAUCAGUCCCCUGAAAUUUUCCCCUGCAGGACCCUUCAAGUCGAGCAUUUACAAUGAGCCCGAACUUUCCUCUCCCACCUCUCCAAUGGGAGCAGCUCCAGUUCCUGUGCCGCAGGAAAACGGAGCUGCCAGUCAGCCAAUCAGGACCCCUGCCAGGAACAAGAAGCAGAGGGGACAUCGGAGAUGAGGAGGAAAUAUUCACAGAGCCAGCCUGCACCGCAGGACUUUGGCCAGAUUGACAUUUUCCAUAGUGAGUGCUGAGGCACAGAGCUGCAGUGCUUUGUUUUUGCUUAUAUCAUGCUUGAGUGGUUUAACUUAGAAGUCUCUGAAAAGCCAAAAUCACAGGUGGAAAGCUGUCGGUCUGGUUUUCCUUUCUCUCAUAUUAUACGAUAUUCAUCUUUCUAAACUAAUACAGUACUACUUGGGCCUUAUUGUCUAGCACUUCCUGUUCAUCAUUAUGACAAGAUCACCUCACACACAGUCUGAAUUUUCAUGUUUUCUUUUCUCAAGCCCAGUACAAGUACCUCAGUUUGAACAUUUGUCUUAGAUGGUCAGUUUAUUGCAUAACGCUUGAGUUUACAGCUUCUUUUUGCCUGCACUUCAAGUGCUGUAAAACUGUGGCGCUAUAUAUAUAUAUAUAUAAUAUAUGUGAAUGCAAUAACAUAUAUCAAACAUUUUAUACAAAUGGCACUAGAAAGAAGCAGCACAACCAUAGAUUUUUCUUCAGCCACUUCCCUAAAUGUGCCACUAGCUGUUAAGGUCAGAAAAAUAAUGGAUUCAUUGGUGUUUCUUUUUGUAUGUACAUGCUAGUAUAAUUACUACAAAGGGAAGCUGAGACUUAGUUUUUUUCAGUUAAAUUAUUUCUUCAGCUUUUAAUUAGUUCAUGACAGUUUGCGCAAUGAGGUCAGCUAUCACGGGUUGACGUUUUAAUUAGAGAACUGAUAAAGGAUCUGUUGAUUGAAUUCCUGAUUCUGUUCCAUUAAGGCUUUAAUGUUAAACUGACCUUGGGCUGUCAGAUUAUCAACUAACAUUUGGCUGCACAACCAGAAUAGGAAGAUUAGGUCAUGUGUUGGGGUGUCGCUGUAUCAUAUAGAAGUCUACUGAAUGAAAUGCUGCAUCACACAUAAGAUAAUGUAUUCCUGAUUCUGUACUGAACAUUUCUGUCAGAACCUAGGGUGACAUUCAUCAGUGUUUCCCACAGUGAACCUUCAUGUCUGCAGCUGAAGCUUUUCACACCUUAUCCUCAUAUUGUACAAACGGACCAGUCACAGUAUAGCAGAGUACACUUAAGAGAGAAACGCUGUAUUUAUUAAUGUGGCUCAGCCUUUAUUAAUUUGGGCCACCCAUCCUCAAACUUGUAUAGUAAUCACAAUAUCACCAUGUGUUCACAAAAACAUUGAGCCAUGUGAUGAAUAUGUUCUACAGUCAGAGUUGGCUGGUAAAAGUGGUGCUCUCAGAACACAAAAUGUUGUAUAAAAACUUUAUUUUGGGCUAUUGAACAAACCUAUUUUUACACAUGAAACCUAGGUCAAAUAGUAUUAGGAAUUAAAAUCCUAGAGCUUGUUGUGGCCUGACAUACCUGUAAGUGUUGAUACUGGGUCAGCCAAACGCUCAUUUGGUAUUUGGAUGCAUCACAGACAGGUUAUGAGGUUUAUUUGAUGAUAGCUGUUUUGUUGUUAUUUUAAAAUAGAUUACUCAUAGAUUGAGGUAAAUUGUUCCCAAUUCUCACCCAUGGUACUAUGGUUUGUAUUAAUAAAAUCCAUAAAUAUCAGUCAACUUUGCAUGAGCCUUUAGAGACAUAAACAGCCGAGAUGAAUUAUCUUGAGCAGGGGUUGUAAGUGCAAAGUUUGCAAAUGAAUUAUGGUGACAAAGUUUAACAAAAUAAUUUAGUUCUUAUUAAUAUUCGAAGAAGUAUACUUAAAAUCUUUAAGUCACUGCCUUUAAUUCAGUAGGUAUUUAUAAUUCGAGGCAAUGGUGAUGGGCACGUAUUAGAUUGGGGUAAAGAUGGGGCAAAAUGGAAAUUUGAUGGGGUGGAAAUGCCCUACAAACGUACAUGAAUAAUAUGGCUGAAGAGGUUAACCUGUCCUUACAUUCAACACGUUACCUGUCUGUCAUGGACUUCACUGUGGAAUAAUGAAUGUAGUUUAACUUUAAUGGUCAUUAACACUGUAUAGAGACCCAAGGUGUUUGAUAUCACAUAAAGGAAUAAUGCGUAAAUAAAUAAUCAUCUGAAGAAAUGCAGUUAAAAUUUGUGACAAAAGCAUGAAAAUGUUAACAACAAAUCCAGUAAAUCUAUCUGCUAAAGCAUUUAGCUCAAAGCAUCACAGUGUGCAACUUCACAGACAUGCUAGUAAAACUGUAGACCGGUAGUCUUGUUAACUCGUCAGUAUUAAUUGGCUGGCUGCUCAUUCACACUGAAAAUAGACUUGUGCAAUAAACAGGCCAUGAAAAAUUGAUAUUUUGAAAUGAAAGCUGUUGGACAAAAACCAGCAAAAAUGUUACUGUGUAAAGAAGGAGGAUGAAAUAACAUUUCAUAAUAAGCUGAGAUUUAAAAAUGGAUUAUUACAGUGUCCUGAUUAUAUAUUCUAGGUAGAUUUUGUUAGGCCUUAUUUAUUUGAUACUGAACCCUGUGGGUCUCUGUAGCAUUAGGCUGACUUUUUCCUUUUUUCACUUAAAAAAAAGAUCCUCUUAUUCUGCCCCUGCUUGUCGGUUUGUCCUGCUCACAGCAGUGGCCAACAGGUCCCAAACAUAAUGUCCUCCUACCCUCUCCACCAGCCUUCUUUCAUUAACAACUGGCACAGUUUGUCCACGUCUGAUCCUGAGCUGUGAUCAAGCAGCCUGUGCCACUGCUGUUUUGCUCUGAGAAAUGGGCAACUUCACACUGCAAUUUGUUUCUGUAAUGACACUGGAAACGUCCAGAAUGAGCCGUGGUGCAUCAUGAAUUGCAAACAAGGUAUUUGUAAUGCAGGGUGAGCUGACACAGGGCUUUGUUGUUUUUUACUCCCCUUUUGUAUCAACUAACCAUUUGCUACAACUCCCUUUAUGAGGUUGGACAAUAGGAACAACUGGUCAUUGUGAUCAGUUUUGUAUAUUUAUGUACAUAUAAUAUAAUAAUAGCACUGUAAAAGGAAUUCUACACCUCUGGAAUGUAUAUUCUAAAAAUUGAAUUGAGAAAAUAAGAUUGAGUGAGAUUUAUUUUCUGUGACCAUUGCAUGAUUUAUCUUUUGGUUGUAUUAUUAUCUCUGAUAACUAAUGA